AGGCUGCUAAAUCCAAUCAGUGGGGCGGGGCCUCAAUCAUGUACGCAGGCGCAAUGUGGUUUGCGCAAGCGCAGUAAGGUCCCCCGGGAGGCGGCGACGGAGGCUCCUCUGGGUGCUCGGCUCCCUCCCACCUAGGCCGGGCCCCGACUCGUUUUCUCUUAGGGGCUCCCCGGUACCCGGGGACGCCGCUUUCCUCAUCGUACCCCACAGAAGGAAAUCUUGGGGACCGGGGGAACCGGAAGUGCCGUCUCGCGACCCCCCCCCCCCCAGUUUCUAUCGGGGAACAGGAAGUGUUCGUAGGCGGAAGCGUGGGGGCAGGACCGGAAGUGGCGUUGCCGCCGGGAGGCCGGGGGCGGAGCCGCGGGGCAGCGCGUUGGUCAUGGAGCCCAGUGACAGUAGCAGCAGUGCUAUGGAGGAACCAGCCAGCUUGGAGGUCCUGGUGAAGACCUUGGACUCCCAGACUCGAACCUUCACUGUGGGGGCUGAGAUGACAGUGAAGGAAUUUAAGGAGCAUAUUGCUGCCUCGGUCAGCAUCCCUUCUGAGAAACAGCGACUCAUAUAUCAGGGGCGAGUUCUGCAGGAUGAGAAGAAGCUACAGGAAUACAAUGUUGGGGGAAAGGUGAUCCACCUAGUGGAGCGGGCCCCUCCACAGACCCAGCCUCCAUCCUCUGGGGUUGCCUCGGGGGCAGGAUCUCCCUCAGCUACCCAUGGUGGAGGGCCCCCAUCUGGUCCUCGAGGUCCUGGUGCACCCGUCCACGACAGGAAUGCUAACAGUUAUGUCAUGGUUGGGACCUUCAAUCUCCCUAGUGAGCCUCGUGUUCGACUGGUUAUGGCCCAGCACAUGCUGAGAGAUAUACAGGCUGUGCUAUCCCGUUUGGAGGGCAGAGCCAAUGGAGGGCAGCAUCAGCAGCAACAGCCACCACCACCUUCUGCUUCGGAGUCAACAUCCUUAAGCUCAGAGACUCCUGAACCAUCAGAGGGUGAAGCUUCCUCACGAGAGCCUAUGGAAGCAGGAGACCCAGAGGAAAGCACCCAGCCCAGGAGCCCUGAAUCCUCUCCUCCUGGCCCAGCCCCAGCUCCCAACCACCCAUCCCCCUUGGAGUAUGUUGAAGUGCUUCAGGAGCUACAGCGGGUGGAGAGCCGACUCCAGCCCUUUCUGCAGCGAUACCAUGAAAUACUGGGAUCUGCCGCCACCACAGACUACAACAAUAAUACUGAGGGGCGUGAAGAGGAUCAGCGAGUAAUCAAUUUGGUUGGGGAGAGCUUGCGGCUGCUGGGUAACACCUUCGUGGCGCUGUCUGACCUGCGCUGUAACCUGGCAUGCGCCCCUCCUCGACACCUGCAUGUCGUCCGGCCGAUGUCUCACUACACAGCUCCCAUGGUGCUGCAGCAGGCUGCUAUCCCCAUUCAGAUCAAUGUGGGGACAACUGUGACCAUGACUGGGAACGGGACCAGGCCACCCCAAACCCCCAGCUCAGAGGCACCAUCCUCUGCUCCUGGGCAGACUUCCCCUCCCGCUCCUUCUCCUACUACAGGGGAGCCUGCAGCCGAGGGGGCUCCUCCCACAGGCCCGGCCCCACCCCCUGGGCCUGGCCAUCCCAGAGUUAUCAGGAUUUCCCACCAGAGUGUGGAACCAGUGGUCAUGAUGCACAUGAACAUCCAGGAUUCUGGUUCACAGACAGGUAGUGUUCCCAGUGCCCCAACUGGUCCUUCAGGCCCUCCUGGUCAUGGCCAGGCCCUGGUGUUCAAUUUGCCCCCUACCUUUCUAGGUUCCACUCAUAUUCAGCUGCCCUCCCUGCCUCCUGAGUUCAUGCAAGCUGUUGCUCACCAGAUCACUCAGCAGGCCAUGGCAGCAGCUGCUGCCUCUGCAGCUACAGGACAGCAAGUGCCAGGCUUUCCAUCAGCUCCUACAAGGGUGGUGAUUGCUCGGCCUACCCCUCCCCAAGCUCGGCCCCCCCACCCUGGUGGACCACCUGCCCCUGGAGUUGUGGGUCCAGGCGUGGGGCCAAAUGCGUCUUUGGCUCAGAUGGUGAGCGGACUGGUAGGACAGCUUCUCAUGCAGCCUGUGCUUGUGGCUCAGGGGGCCUCAGGCCUGGCCACACCCCCUGCCCCAGCUACAGCCUCUGCAAGUUCUGGUACCACCAACACAGCCACCACGGCUGGGCCAGCCCCAGGAGGACCUGCUCAGGCUCCACCACCACCUCCUCCCACUGAGCUUCAGUUCUCUCAGCUUCUGGGGAAUCUGUUGGGGCCUGGAGGGCCAGGAGUUGGAGGGGCCAGUGUAGGCUCUCCCACCAUCACUGUGGCCAUGCCAGGUGUCCCUGCCUUCCUCCAGGGAAUGACAGAUUUUCUUCAGGCAACACAGACUGCCCCGCCACCACCUCCUCCACCUCCACCACCUCCUCCUGCUCCAGAACAGGCACCCCCACCACCUGGGUCCCCUCCAGCAGGGCUGGGGGCACGAGGCCAAGGGGGCGUGGGACCUGAGAGCCUGCCUCCUGAGUUCUUCACUUCAGUGGUACAGGGUGUGCUGAGUUCCCUACUAGGCUCUCUUGGAGCAAGAGCAGGGAGCAGUGAGAGCAUUGCGGCUUUUAUCCAGCGUCUUAGUGGCUCCAGCAACAUUUUUGAACCUGGGGCAGAUGGAGCCCUUGGGUUCUUCGGGGCAUUGCUCUCCCUCCUGUGCCAGAACUUCUCCAUGGUAGAUGUAGUAAUGCUUCUCCACGGGCACUUCCAGCCGCUCCAGCGACUCCAGCCCCAGCUUCGGGGCUUCUUUCAUCAGCACUACCUGGGAGGCCGUGAGCCCACGCCCCACAACAUCCGGAUGGCAACCCAUACACUGAUCACAGGAUUGGAGGAGUAUGUUCGAGAGAGCUUUGCCUCUGUGCAGGUACAGCCAGGCGUGGACAUCACCAGAACAAAUCUGGAGUUUCUCCAGGAGCAGUUCAACGGCAUUGCUUCCCAUGUACUGCACUGCACAGAUGGUGGGUUUGGGGCACGACUGCUGGAGCUGUGUAACCAGGGGCUGUUUGAGUGUCUGGCCCUGAACCUGCAUUGCCUGGGGGGACAGCAGAGCGCACUCACUGAUGUCAUCAAUGGCAGAAUUCGCCGGAUGUCUGGAGGAGUGAACCCAUCCCUGGUGAGUUGGCUGACUACUAUGAUGGGACUUCGGCUGCAAGUUGUGCUGGAGCACAUGCCCGUGGGGCCUGAUGCUGUCCUGAGAUAUGUUCGAAGAACUGGUGAUCCCUCCCAGCCAGUUCUUGAGGAACCAAUGGAAAUCCAAGGAGCGGAAAGAACUCCUGAACCCCAGCGGGAAAAUGCCUCCCCAGCCCCUGGCACCACUGCAGAGGAGGCCAUGUCCCGGGGACCACCUCCUGCUCCUGAGGGUACCUCUCAGGAGGAACAGGAUGGAGCUACAGCUGAGACAGAGCCCUGGGCCGCUGCUGUUCCCCCAGAGUGGGUUCCAAUUAUCCAGCAGGAUAUCCAGAGCCAGAGAAAGGUGAAACCACAGCCUCCCCUGAGUGAUGCCUACCUCAGCGGCAUGCCCGCCAAGAGACGCAAGACGAUGCAGGGCGAGGGCCCUCAGCUGCUUCUUUCAGAGGCUGUGAGCAGGGCAGCCAAGGCAGCUGGAGCCCGACCUCUGACUAGCUCGGAGAGCCUGAGUCAUGACCUGGAGGCACCAGAGGUUCAGGAGAGCUACAGGCAGCAGCUCCGUUCUGACAUCCAAAAACGACUUCAGGAUGACCCCAACUACAGCCCCCAGCGCUUCCCCAAUGCCCACAGGGCCUUUGCUGAUGACCCUUAGGUUCUUGCUUGAUGGCCACCCCUCACCAUCUUCUCCCAGGGACCUCUCUAUUCCCCUUCCUAUUCACAGUAUUUAAGAAAUAAAGUCGGAUUUUCCUGGC